AUGGCGUCCGAGCUCUUAACCCGCGUGGAGAAAUGGGCUGCUGAGACGCCCACGAAGACCAUGCUUUCAUUUGCAGACGAUAAAGGAGUCGUGACGACGUCGCUGACAUGCGGGGACCUGAACCGACGGGUACAAAACCUUGCGGCGUUACUAGUCGCUUCGACACAACGGCACCAUCGCGGACUCGGGUUAAAAGCAGGAGAUCGGGUGGUGCUCGUCUACCCUCCAGGCUUGGAUUUCAUUGUGGUGUUCCUGGCCUGCUUGAGAGCUGGGGUUGUGGCGGUGCCCGUGUACCCUCCAGAUCCCCGCAAGAUGAAGAAAGAUCUCAGCAUGUUUGUGACAGUGACGCAGAACUGCCGAGCGCAGGUGGCGCUCACGUGCUCGAUGUACUAUAACGUGAAGAAGAUUGCAGCGAUGAGAGAGAAGUUUACGGGUUCGGGGGCUGUCCAGUGGCCGGCACAUUUGUCGUGGAUUGUGACGGAUGAUUUGGUAAAUGCCAAGGGCAUCGAUCCAGCAAAGCUCUGGCUCACGCACUUGCCUUCUGCUGACAGCACGGCGUUCCUGCAGUACACGUCGGGGUCGACGUCUGCACCAAAAGGGGUGGUACUGUCGCAUGGCAACUUGAACCACAACCUGCGGACGAUCAGCUCAGCGCUUCAGGCUGGACGAGACACGGUAGUGGUGUCGUGGCUGCCUCAAUACCAUGACAUGGGACUUAUUGGUGCCUACCUGGGCACCAUUUACAAUGGCGGGACGGGCGUGUACCUCUCCCCUUUCAGCUUUAUUCGCGACCCGUGUCUGUGGCUACGACUUGUGUCCAGGUAUCGGGCUACACACUUGCAGGCCCCUAACUUCGCCUAUUCCCUUCUCGCAAGGAAGAGUGAUCGACUCACAAGACUGGGCAACGGAGAUCACAUCGAUCUUUCUAGUGUGCGGCAUAUGAUUGACGGUGCUGAGCCUAUUCAAGGCGAGACCAUCGACAGCUUUUACCGCGCUUUUUCGCCGUUCGGUUUGCCAGCCGACGUUGUAAAGCCUACGUACGGGCUCGCAGAGCACACUGUAUACGUGUGCGGUGGCGGAAAACAACGUUUGUGGGUUGACAAGCGUGCCCUCGAGAGUGAUAAUGUUUUUCGAGUGGUCGAGAAGGAGAAUGCAGCUGGACCGGUGAAAGAGAUUGUUGGCUGUGGUGUGCCAUCGCGGAGAGACUAUGGCAUCGACGUACGUAUUGUUGACGCAGAAACAAGGAAAGAGAAGGCAGAUGGCAUGAUUGGCGAGAUCUGGAUUUCUAGUGCCUCAAAAGCGCAAGGGUAUUUUGGUGAGGAGAUGCGUGAAGUCUCAGCUGAAGCGUUCCAGGCCGAGGUAGUCGGUGACACCGACGGUAGACUAUACUUGAAGACCGGUGAUUUGGGUGUGCUAUACAACCAAGAACUCUUUGUCUGCGGUCGUAUGAAGGACUUGGUUAUCAUCAGAGGUCGCAACCACUAUCCGCAAGACAUCGAGGCCACAGCGGAAGAUUUUGAAGAACUUCGACCAGGUUGCUGUGCCGCAUUCUCGUAUGUAGCUGAUGGAAGUGAUGACGAAGAGAAGCUGGCUGUGGUUGCUGAGCUUCGUGAUCCUGCUAUGAUCAGUAAAGCGAGUCUAUGUGUAAACAUUCGUAGCGCGAUCGCACGUGAGCAUGGCGUCAAGGUGACUUUGGUUGUGUCGUUGGCUCCUCGCACGAUCCCGAAGACGACAAGUGGCAAAAUCUCUCGAUCACGGUGCAAGAAGGCGCUGAAAGAUAAGCAGUUGGAAGAAGUGUACCGCAAUGAAGAUAUUGUGGCUGAAGCACCAGUGGAGGAUGAUGGUGGAGCUGCAGCUGACGAAUCUAUGGACCGAAAUGUUAUCAAUUCUCGGAUGCAGCCGAACAAUGGUGCGACGUCAGCUUUGCCGUCGGUGAUCGUGGGUGUGCCGCCAGACCAAGUCCGCAUAUUUUUGGUGAACGAACUCGCUCGUGCUCUGGGUGUAGACGUCGCUGAUAUCCACGACAACACGCCACUGCAGGAGCUAGGUCUGGACUCGAUGGCAUUGACGCAACUGCAAGGUGUGAUUACGCAAAAGUAUCAUGUGCAUGUCGAGGACGAAUUGCUCUAUGGUGAGUCGACGACGCUUGCGAGUUUGCAUGAUGGGCUAUGUGGAGGUGUAUCUCGUAACGGGACUGGUGCGAGCGCUACUCCAAAGCGAAAGGUGUUGUGUGGAUGCAUCACCUGCUAG